AAGAAAGGCAAACACUCGGCCGUGCUUACAACUCUGUUUACUUUUAAAAUCCGUAAAAAACGAAAUGAGUUUUGGUGGUAAUUCACUUGACAUACAUUUUCUUUAGCCGUCAUCCGCUAAUUUUAUACUUGAUGUCACAUUUGAGCUGAUGGCUGCAAGCGGAUGAGGUUUUCCGUGUCAAGUGUCAAUAUUAGCCGCUUUUAAUUUGAGCCACUCGGUUUGGACGGAAUGUACGAGGAUGACUUGAGCUCUUCUUCGCGCCGCGCUUAGUCAAACAUAGCUAAACAAGCCAAACCACCAAGAGCUUUGGCCAGUUAUUUUCCUACUUGGCCCGGCGAUGCGCUGCUCAACGUAUUCGGCACUAUUUAUAGCUUGAAGGAUAUGAACGGCCAGCUCCUUUUCACCUUGAUAAAACCUCUUUUUCUUCGAGACUUUUACCCUUCGUCUUUCCUAAUUUCACGAGCUCUAGAAAUGCAUAUAUAUAUAUAACCAGUGUCCGUGUCGACUGUGUGAUCAAUUCUAACCACGACGGCCGGCGCGAUUGAAUCGGAAAUUCGACAGUCCUAUUAGUAUUUCAGUAGUGGUUUGUCGAUUGCUUUUUGUUUUUGGUUUUCUUCGUUUUAUUUUUUUGUGAUUCCAUUUGAGAGAUUUAUGCUUACUGGCGGAUAUUUCAGUCCUGUCGAAUCCAAAGGGCACGUGAGCCAGCGCUCUAUUGUUCUCGUCUCUUUGAUUGAAAGAUGCAACGAACGCUGUGGUAUGCCCUGGCCAUUCUUUGUUGUUCGAUCGCCAACUCUUUGGGAGCGCCGGACAAGCCAAAACAACAGCCGGCUGCUGCUCAUAAAGAAAAACUAGUUGUCAUUCUUCUGGACGGCUUUCGGUGGGACUAUGUAGAACAGCAGAAAGAAAAGGAGUCCCUUCCUGGUUUCCGUAUACUCCACAAAGAGGGCGUUAGAGCUAAAUGGGUGAAUCCCAUUUUCCCGUCGCUCUCUUACGCUAGCUGGACCACUCUCAGUACAGGAUUGUACGCAGAAAAUCACAACAUUAUUGGAAAUUACUUCCACGAUUCUUAUCGAAAGGAAACGUUCGAGCUGUUCAACCGGACUCUUACAUCAAAUCAACGAUGGUGGCAGGAUGCGGAACCCAUAUGGACGACAGCCACGCGCAGGGGUCGUAAAGUGGGCACUUUCCUAUGGGCUCGAAGCGACAUUCCUGUUCAAGGCAUUUUACCACAUCAGGCCCAGGGUUUUCAACUCACUAAGGGCGCCGGUAUCCUCGGCACUAACCUAGAAAAAACAAUCAAGAUGCUCCAAUCCGAAGAUUACGAUCUUGUUAUGGUUUACAACGAGCACAUUGAUAACAAAGGACACCAGUUCGGCCCUACAUCUCCAGAGCUAAUGCUAGCCGUUCAAGAAGUUGAUGCAGAACUGCAUAAAUUUCUCAAAAAACUAGAAGAAACAAAUCUCGACGAAACCGUAAAUGUGAUGAUCGUUUCUGAUCACGGUAUGACAUCAGGGACUCCUCAGUCAAAAGCGGAAUACGUCGAAAUUGAUGACUAUUUGAACAUGGACGAUGUUUCGUACGUCAUCGACCGCGCCGCUGUGGCGGCCGUCGCCCCUCUUCCGGGAAAAGCAGAUAAGGUAUACAAGCAACUGAAACAUAUGCGCGGUAUAGACGUUUACCGUCGGGAUGACAUACCAGAAGAGUAUCACUACAAAAAUGGGCGCUACGUUCAAGAAAUUCUUGUUUGCGCCAAGCCUGGCUUUAUUAUAAGUGGAGCUGACAGUUCGAAACAAAUCCCGCGUGAUCCUUCCACUCCAAGGCCCAUGAUUUGGGGUGGCCUUCACGGCUACGACGACAAACAUCCGGACAUGAGGACCAUCUUCAUGGCAAAGGGACCAUCAUUCAAGAAGCAUUUCAAAGGCGAACCAAUUCAUUUGGUGGAUAUUUAUCAAAUCUAUGCUCACAUUCUGGGAUUUGAGCCGCAACCGCACAAUGGCUCCUGGUCACGCGUUCGAUCUUACCUAACCAAUAGUGCCUCAUUCACCAAAGUCCUCAAUUUGAAUCCAAUCCUCCUCACGGCUCUGCUGAUUCUACUGAGAUAUCUCAUUUAAAUCUUUACAAACGACAAGAGUCCAUUCAGCAGAACAAUGUAUACCAGUACUAUAUUCGUUUAUCAAAGAGUUAAAUAUUCUAUUUAAGAUGAUGAAAUAUCGCGUGAGCAAUACUUAACUAUAGGUCUGAUAUCAAAAGGGAAAUAAUAAUGUAUACUUAAAAAUUCAGUGCCUCGUUUGCAUUGGUUGGCCUCACCAAGAUCCACACCUUUUUGAUAGAAGAAAUUGUUGAACUAGUCUGUUUUAAAAAUUCAUAAUGUGAAUGUGUAUUUUGUGGCCUUUUUUUCACUUGACGCUCCUCGUGAUUAACAUUUCCUGUAAAUGUGCUGGUUUGACCUUGAAAGUAUAUUUCUUGAUUAGCUUAUUAAUACAACAAUAUUUGAAAAUUU